CCAGACAGCCCAUCCGUAAGCCAGACCAAACAGCAGGUCUUUGAUCAUUAUCUCUAUCGGCUGCAAAGCGAAAUCCACACAAUACUAUCCGCCGAGUCGGGUUGUGAAGGACGCAUUCACAACCUAGAAAAUGAACUUGAUGUGUUUAAGCGCGCAUGUUUCACAGCCGAGAAUGAGAAAAAAGCGCUCAACGAGGAAGUCAAUUAUCUGAGGCAGAAGGUCGAAGCACUCGAAUCGCAGAGAACUUCGUCGGAGAAGCGAAUAGUAUGUUUGAUCGACGGAAACGGAAGUAUAUUCUCUGUCGACCUACUAUCCAAAGGCCAAGAAGGAGGACGCCUCGCAGCCAAGCUUCUCAGUGAAUCCGUCCAUUUCCACCUCUCAUCUGAUCAACCUUGUCACCUCUGGACAUACGUCUUCUUCAACAAAACCGGUGUGUUUGACAUGCUCGCGAAAGCUGGACGGCCCUACAAAGAGGCCUACGACAGGUUCGAAGAGUUUUUGCUGGGAUUCAAUCAGUCUUGUGAGAGAUUUGUUAUGACUGAUGUAGGGAACGAUGACGAGGUCACGGUGGCAAAGUUGAAAGCGCACUUAGAUUUCUACUCUCGGAGUCAAGAGAUAUACAGAGUAGUAUUCGGGGGUUGCCAUAAUGGCGCCUAUGUGUCACAACUUCACUCCCUCCAAUUGACUUCCCUCUAUCGGGAGAAGCUUGUACUCCUUCCAGGUUGCACAGAAAUGGCCCCUGAAUUCAAAAAUCUACAACUGCCCAGCCUUAUCAUCCCUGGGCUGUUUAUUCCAGACAAAAUUGCAUCGACGACUUAUUCUCAUGCUGACGGAAGCUCGGUAAGCUACGGUCCUCCGCCUGGGUUACCAACUCCUUCGAGUCCAAGCCAGCAAUCGUCCACUGGCAGCUCGACAUCCCCACCACCACCUCCAUAUCCGGACCAGUCCGAGUCUAAACCUGCCUCCGACGUCAUUAAGGCGAGGGUAGACAACUCUUCCGAAACCUUCUUGUCAUCUUCACAAUCUUCCUCUUCGGACCGUUCUCACCGUGUUAUAUUGGGAAGUGUCGCAGGCCCUGUGAGCUAUCGUCACCGAUGGACGCAGGAUCACCUGCGCUAUCCAACGGACUCAAGCGCCGAAAGCAUUGAGAGCAGCAGGAACGGAGUCAGUACGGCCAAGAUACCGGGUAAGCAGAGGAAGAUCAAUCGAGAUAUUCCCCUCAGUCAGCACAACCCUCCGCCCUGCACACUGUUCUAUCUAGCUGCGAAUGGGUGCAAACAUGGUCCAGACUGUCGGUUUGGUCAUGAGUAUAUUCUCGAUGAUGAGGAUUAUGACAUGCUGAGAGCCAAUGCGAAGAAAGUUCCGUGUCCGGCUGUGAAUAGGGGCGAACCCUGUGUCUUUGGCGCGAACUGUUGCUACGGUCAUACUUGCCCUUUCCUUACCCGAUGUCAUUACUUCCGUCAAUCGAAAUGCAAGUUCCAAGGACCAAACAUGCAUCGCGAAGAAGAAGCCGCUUGUGUCUAAUCAACCUAUACCAUUUGCAAAACCAUCGUCGUUCGUUAAUGGAGCAAUUUGUUUUGGACUCUGCUGCUUGGAUCGUUCCUUUCGCCCUUCAUUCUUUCCCCGCCAUGUAGCUUAUUACACUUUUUUCCUGGAUCGCAUUCUUGUUGAUUCCAUUGGCAUUUGGAGAUUGCUGUGCUUGUUGUGUGUAUGUAUCACUUGUAUUAUUACUUGUACCAUUGUAUCUAUGCUCGAAUGCUAUGUCAGCUUUGU